CGGACAGCGCUGAGUGCGGAGUGAAAGAAAGUAAACAGGACAGUCCAGGCGCGCAUCAGCGAGCACCGGCCGAGUCCUAAGGUCCCAAACAUCAGCUAUGAACGAAAGGAGCACCCACAUGGACUUACUAUGAACUGUCGGGGGGCUGAUCUUCACUUCAUGACUUAAACUUACACAUUUACACUUUAAGAGGGAAGGAAAAUAUCAGACAUGGACACCUUGGUGUGGAUCUUGAUUUGUGGAGCGCUGGGUCUGGUGUUUAGCUCUAAACUGGAGCGGGCCGUAGAGGAGGAGUGUGAAUCGGGCCAGUACACGUACAGUGGGGAAUGCUGUAUGCAGUGUCCACCAGGAGAGGGAGUGGUCAAGGAGUGCGGGGCCACCCAGACCGAAUGCAGUCAAUGCUUAGACAGUGAGACAUUCUCUGAGAUCUACAGUCACACAGAGAGGUGCCAGACAUGCAGUGAAUGCACAGGUCUCAUGCGUAUGCAGACACCCUGUACUGACUCUAAUGACGCUGUGUGCGUGUGCAACUACGGCUAUUUCCAGGACGCUCUGUCGGGCCAGUGCGAGCCCUGCACUGUGUGUCCGCGUGGUCAGGGGGUGCUGAUGCGCUGUGACUAUGACCACGACACGAUCUGUGAGGAGUGUAUGGAUGAAACCUUCUCUGAUCAGGAGAGCUCGCUGGACCCCUGCCUACCCUGCACCAUCUGCGAGGUGCAGACAGAGACUCUGAUCAGAAAUUGCACACCCUUUGUAGACGCACUCUGUCAUGAUCCAUUUGCACCCACCUAUCCUUCCACCACUGCCUCUCCGAGCGAUUCUAAUCCCCCUUUCAGUGAUCUGGAUGGUUUGUGGAGCCCCAGCCCUGGAGGGGACGCCACCACACCCAAACCCAGCUCCCCUCACUUCAUCAGCAGUGGGCUCAACGAGAACCUGAUCCCAAUCUACUGCUCCAUCCUGGCAGCAGUUGUGGUUGGCCUUUUGGCAUAUAUCAUCUUUAAGAGGUUGAACAGCUACAAGCAGAAUAAACAGGCAGCUAAUAAUCGAGCAGCGACGGCCAAUCAGACGCCGUCUCCCGAGGGAGAGAAGCUGCACAGUGACAGUGGUAUCUCAGUGGACAGCCAGAGUCUGCAGGAGCAGCAAGCGCAGUCGCAGACACAGAUACAGGCACAGGCCCACACGCAGCUGCAUGCGGCAGAGCAGAUCGUGGUGAGAGUGGACGGGGGGGCUCAGCCUGACUCCCCCCCACCUCAGGCCUAAUGAGUGAGGAGCAGCACGUUACGUCAUCAUUAUGAUGAUGAAAGAGGAGUGAAAAGUUGGAGUAAAGGGAACAAAGGGUGCAGAAGAUCACGUAGGAGAAUGGAGGAGUGAAGCCAUGAUGGGCGUUUAGCAAGGGAGGCUGAGACUUUGAACACUUUUGAACGCAGCAUGAACAGUUCGCUGAUGUGCUGGGUCAUCAGCGUGAAUGGACCUGUCUUAACAGAUCAACAUCAACAAUCAGACUAUGGCCUAAAGUAGCUACUUUAAAUAAACGUAAGCCCAUUAGCCCAAAGCGAGUUUGCAGCAUCAUGUAUACCGAAAACCCAGUACAAACCUCAACAAACUGUGAAUGUUUCAAACUGGGUUUCUCAAAUGUAUUGACAUAACCUCAUGACACAAACUUUUAAUCUCUUCACGACUGGACGUAGAGACGGCGGACACGGGUUUCACGGUUAUCAAGCAAAUUAGCAAACGCACCAUGGUUCCUCUUUUUGGGGCCUUCUGCCUGAUUCAAUAUGGAUUUCUUUUUUGCCUUAUCUUUGAAGUAUUAAUAGAUUUUGUCUCUAACAUCAAUGCUCUUUUUUCAUCUGAAUUUGACCCGGUUGUUGCCGUUUAUAGGCAACAACUCACAACUGUGACAUUUGCUGACCUUUACUAAUAUAAUGACUCAGAUCUAAACAUAGCUCUCCUUUCCUUUCUUCUCUUUAACACUCUCUGUGACAGCCCUUUCUCUAUUAAACCUCACAAACACACACAUAGCGUGUCAUAUUCCCUGGCUUCCUCUGCUCAUUGCAGGUAAGGUUUCUUUUCCUAGAUGUUCUAUUUUUAAAAACCUGAUUAAAAAUGCAAAGAGGACCCAAAACUGAAAUACUGAGAUAGACUGGGAUCUUUAAAAUUCAGAUUCUAAACACAAACAGACAAAACCUUAAAUAACCUGAAAGAUUUAAAUAACUAUUUUAAAGCUGUCAUGUACUCCUAGAUGUAACCACCAUGUUUUACUAAUUCAGCCAUUUGGUUUGUUCUGAUUCAAUGGUCUUUCAGAACUAUAUUCUGAACAAAAGUACUAAUCAUAUACUAAACAAUAGUAUUUUUGUAGCAAAUCUUAACGGUAUAUUAUAUUAAAUCUGAAUCUAUCUUUAAUUAUACACUGUCAUUUGACAAACCAGUCAGUAUUUAUGCUGAUUUAAGUCUCAGAAGCCUGAAGUACACAAACCAAUAGUCAUGAGUUUCAUUUAAAAGAACCAGCUCAUAAAAGUCAUUUAUUCGUGAAUUAGACUUCACUGGGCAUGCUUUAUGUUUGUUAUUGUUCGCAAUCAGUGAGGAAAACAGAAUAGAUGUCUUUGUAUUAUUUUGCGGCACACAGUCUUUCUCUCUCAUCGCAUUAAAUUCAGCCCACAAGCUCACAACUCACAACUAUUAUUAUAUACUAUUUAUUUUGCCAUAAUGUAGGUUUAGAAUACAGUUGCAGGAAACCCUGCCAGAGUAUUUUAGUACAGUGUUCAAGACGGGAUCUUAUGCAGAACCAGUUCUUGUUUUCCAACCUUAGUCACAAAAACAUCAGGAAGAACUAAUAGGCAAGUCCUGAUAUUUGAUCAAUACUGGGAUUUACCCAUUAUAUUUGUAACUUCUUUUUUUAAUUUUUUAUUCAGAAAUCUUUAUCUCGCUCUCAUCACCACCACUGGGAUUAUCAAAGUCCAUCGACUUCUCUGGUUCUUGAUGAGUCAUCCUCUCUUGGUUUUCCUUUUUUUUUUUUUUUUAUCACCAACUCUUUCAGUCUCUAUUCAGUUCAGUCUUGGCUAAAUGAUUCAUUCCAUGAAAGCUAAGGGCCGGAUAUGUGGUGUACAUUAUGUGCAUCAGAUGCCAUAAUUUGGUUUGAAUUACAUCACCAUCUCAGCUGUCAAAUGCUGGAAGUGGUCAUGUUCACUGCGUGCUGAAUGUUAUGAGAAUCUGCAGAGUAGAGUGAGCCGUGCCAUCAGAUUAUGUCACUGACUCGAACUGGACAAAUUACAGGGCAGACUUGUCAUCAUCUUAACAGAAGAAAGGAGUGUUAGUGAGAUUUGCAUUGAAGUAAAUUUGUCUAAUCAUACUAACGGGGUCCAAAAUUAACUUUUUGUAACAACUGCCAAUGUAGAGUGAAUAGAGAAAAUGUACCAUCCAUAAAACAUUUCUUAAUGGCAAUUAAACUGCAAUUUUGUAUUAUGAAAUAUAGAUAUCAUUUGUUCUCAUGACAGCUGGAUUAUUUAGCUGUUUUUCCCCUUGCGUAUUAGUGACAACAGCGCUGGUCAUUAUGUCACUCGCAGCAUCCUAUACAAGCUAGUCUCCAUCUCUCUGAGAAACUACACUGUUGCAAUCGUUAUUUUGUUGCAAUCGCGUAAAUUUGUUUCGGUGGCUUUAUGCGAGGAAUAUUCAACAUAGGUGUUGCCACAUGGGCUUUAUGAGAACCCCCCCCCCCCAAAAAAAACCUUUGGGACGGUAAAUUUUCCAUUAAAGUAAAAAAAAAAAAGAGUUGGGACCCACUUUAUAUGUGGUGUUUUAACUACUAGCCUGUGUUCUUAAGCAUUUGAUACAAUGUACUUAUUAUAUACAUACUUGUUGUUGCAUUGUACUAACAUUUAAAGUACCUGAAUUUAAUUACAUCUGUUGUUACACUGACCACGUUUACAUGGACACCAGAAAACUGUUUAUUGAGAAAGCUGCUUAAGACUCGAAAUCGGUUUAUGCAUUUAGAUGAGCUGUUUUAGCAGCUUUCUCUUUACCUUCAUAGACAUGCGGCUUGAAGCAGCUUUCUUUACAGUAACAUAAUUUCCUUACGAUGCUUGUGUAAAUAAUAAACAUGGCAUCCGAGGAAGACUUCACUAUUUUAUUGUCCGUUGCUUUGCUUCAUUUCCAGAUAUUCCAAAGUGGUUGCUGUGUUUGUUUCCUUUACUUUUUAUCGCAACCUAUAGGGGAAUUGCACUGCAAUAGUGGGGUUUCCUUCUGGGAUUCCCCCAAUGUAUAAGCGCACAUACGCAAGUGUUAGGGACAGCCCAUAUUUUACAUUGGUGUGUAUAAUUGUGUAUAGUUUACAGUGUAUGUGCCUUUUCCACUUUACUCCAAGAAAUUUUGAAUUCAUUCCACUGUGUUGAUUUUUGUUGGGCUCCAUCCUAUAACGUUUGUUAUGACAGUCUGUUCAUGCACGUUACAAUGCCGCUUAUGUGUUUACAUGGCCACAAUAAGUUGCGUUCUCCGGGAGAAACCCAGGUGUGUUACGGGAUAUGUGUAAGGGAUAAAGAAAGCGGUUUCUGCAAAAACCCUGGAAUAAACAAUUUUUUUAAAUGCAUGUAUACAUGGUCACUGUUAACCUUACCCCUAACCCAGUCUUUACCCUAAACCCUACCCCUACUCCUAAACUUACCUGCAUCUCAACCUCAGUAACAGAAAAUGUGAAUCUUGUGAGAAUUUAGCAAAAAAAAAACAAAACAUGUAGUUACACAAUAAAUACACUGCCUGGCCAAAAAAAAAAAAGUUUCAUAUCUAAUAUUUCGUUGGACUGCCUUUAUCUUUGAUUACAGUGCACAUUCGUCAUGGCAUUGUUUCGACAACCACAUGCAACGUCACAACAUUUAUUUCCGUCCAGAGUUGCAUUAAUUUUUGGCCGAGAUUUUGUAUUGAUGGCGGGAGAGUCGAAGCACUCUGUAAAGUCGUCUCUAGCACAUCCCAAAGACUUUCAGUGCAGUUAAGGUCAGGACUUUGUGGUGGCCAAUUUAUGUGUGAAAAUGAUUCCUCAUGCUUCCUGAACCACUCUUUCACAAUUUGAGCCAGAUGAAUCUUGGCAUUGUCAUCCUAGAAUAUGCCCGUGCCGUCAGGGAACAAAAAAUCCAUUGAUGGGAUAACCUGGUCAUUCAGUACAUUCAGGUAGUCAGCUGACUUAAUUUUAUUGCUGCAUAACAUUGCUGAGCCUAGACUUUACCAAUUGAAGCAACCCCAGAUCAUAACACUGCUUUAAAUCCAAAUGGUGAGGCAGUGUAAAUUGUAUUGUGUGUACAUUAAUGUUAGCAAAUUGUAGUUAAACACACCUAAUUUAGUGGGACCAUAAGAAGAAGAGACAGAAGUCGUAACAGAUUUCCUUUAGUAAAUGUUUGUAUGUCUUUCAUUUGAAUCGCUUCAGUCACUUAGAUCAGCAAGGGUCAGACAAUCAUUCUUUCAGACAUAAGAUAUUAUGUUGCAGUUGCUUAUAAAUCUACCGGCCUCUGGUGAUUUACUUGCCAAAGCCAAUUUUACCCACAUUUGGCACUUUCCAAAUGUUUAAUUUGGACUCUGCACACAAACAUGUCAACUAAAAGCCAGAGCCACUAAAAUAGUUAAUUACUUCCUGUUUUCUGUCCAUUCACUAGGAUAUUACGCUAGUAAACAGACACUAGGGACCGAACACGGAGGGAUUUCACAGUGUGCACAUGCAAACACACACACACACACACACACACACACACACACACACACACACACACACACACACAAACACACACACACACACACACACACACACACACAAACAGCAACUAAUGGACUGUCUUUCUUUGCAUUCCUAAUGUGCUUACUGCCAGGCUCUGGAAUAAACAUGAGAGGCAUUAGUGAGACAUUCCUGUCAGGCAGGUCGUAAUUACCCCUGAAGCUUUCAGUUUCUCUUCCCCAUGCUCAGUUCACUCUCCUGGGGUGCUGUUCUGAUCAGCUUUCUUUCCCUAGAGCUCUGCAUCUCCAUUCUGGGACUCACCGUCCAACCUUACUGGGUUCACUUUUUCAUCUGACAACUCUUUCAUUUAAGAAUAAAAAUAUGAUUUUGCACCAUUAUUCCUGUCCACAGACCUGUUUAAAGCUUAAGCCACUAUUAUAGUUCCUACAAGAAGUCAUGCAUUAGCUUCAGGUUUGAUGUAUGGUAUGUGGAAUAAGUUUGCCUCCGGCUUCUUGGAAGAAAGGUUGUCGGCUUCAUCACCUUUUAUAACAAUUUAGUAGCGUGCAUCUCCUCUGGCACUUUGCUUUCCAUUAAACCAUGCUGUGAAGCAUAUCAUUGGCUUCUGGAGUUGCUUGCAUGCUAGUGUGUAAUGUGCUUUAUGGGUUCGACGUUUCUCGUGGGGCACCUCACUGAUGUUUGCUCUGAGAUUAGACUACUUGAGAGAACCUGAUGAGAUCAAGAUAAGAUCUCUUUCACUUUCUCACUCUAUAUUUGUGGGAAUGCGCCUAGAAAAGAUUGGGUUGUCUCUAUCCCAUGCUUGUUUCUUAACACAGAGCAGAUAAGUUGGCAAACGUCCAAUAGAGAGGGGUUGUGACGGCAAUACGAAAGAAAUCACAGUGAUUGAUGCUUCUUAGGGGGUGGGGUGGUGUACUGAUAUAUAAUAUAUAUAGAAAAUAUGACUAUAUUUUCAUAGAAUGCUCAAAUGAUUGGUUGUUCUAAUGUUUUCUGCUAAAUUGAGGAUAUAAGUAUAAGGGAGAGCCAUUUGUCAUAUAACCCCCACGAUUUGUGAUUGGCAUCUAUGGGGCAUCAAAGAAUCAAUAAGUAAGCAUCAGUUCAAAAAGAGAAAGGAAACAAGGAUUGAUUCUUGAUUCAGUUCCCUGGAAUGUGCCAAAGUCUCCAUAAAUAACAGCAGCUUUACUCCAUAAUAAAUCUCCAUUUGUCAGCCAGAAAAUUAAAUUAAAACAAAAAUCUUGUUCGCAAUAUAGUCACAUGCUAAAUAAAUUCUCCACUCUUUCCUCCCCAUCUUUCUUCCUUUCUCUUUAGUAAAAAUUUUUUUUUAACAAAAAGUAUUUUUUUCCUUCUAAUUUCAAAUAGAUUUAUUCUUUGACGGCAGUAUUUUAUAGAGACCACUUACUUUCGUAGCUCUUAAAAAUGAUUGAAUUUUAACACUCAAAGAGUGUUGAUCACCAGAAAGUGCCUGUGGACUAUAUCAGGUGUCUUUGAGUUAUGUUUAAAAAGUUUGAUUUCAUGUAUUAUGUUUGUGUAUAAAUUUUUCCUGUGUGUUCUGUGUUAAUUGUAUGUGAUAGUUGUUUUUUUUAAUUAAUUUUCAUCUUGUUAUUCUAUCUUUGUGAGAAAAUGUUGAUGUUAUGGUUACAAUACAUCAUUAUCCAUAUAUACAGGUGAAUAUUACCAAUCGCUCUGUGUUUUCGAGAACUGCCUAAAAUUUAAAUAGACACAUACAGUAUAUUACACCAGUACCAUUAGGGGAAUAUAAUAUGACCCCCCCCCCCCCCCAAAAAAAAACACAAAAUAUAUCAUAUAAUGUCACUUUUAAUGCACAUCGGAUCAUUCUAUGUAUUUAACUCCGUCUAAUUUACAAAACUAUUAGCCUAAAAAGUGGCAAUAUUUGAUAGAUGUGUUUUACACAUGUUGAUAUGGAUGGAAAGUGAUUGUACAUUACUAUUAGUCAUGAUAGAGACAAUAUCACAUUUAAGAGAUGUUGGGAAGAACAUCCAAGUACGUGCUUUUGAAAAUCGACUUCCCUUCUUCAGCCAAUCCCUUCUAUAGAGCUGAAUGUUGUCUGUAUAUAAUCCAUGCUGUACAAUGCAUUGUGUAAAUUGUUUCCUGAAUUUAUGUCAGUACAAUUAAUGUAAACAAGGACUGAAAGCAUUUAGAAUUCUGUUAAAUAAAAACCAAAUAUGA